AUGUUCUCCCGCACAGUAUUCUCGGCUCUCCGCCCCAUCUCGCGACCUUCCUCGCUGACCACUCCCCUCCGCACCUCCCUUGCCCCUCGCGCCCCAGCAUUCACCAUCCCCUCCGCUCUGCACGCCCGUCUCUUGUCCUCCGAGACCCGCGCCGCCAUCGACAAGGCGGUCGCUUCGGCGCCCGUCGUGCUCUUCAUGAAGGGAACCCCCGAGACGCCGCAGUGUGGCUUCUCCCGCGCGAGUAUUCAGAUCCUCGGCCUGCAGGGCGUGGACCCCAGCAAGUUUGUGGCGUUCAAUGUGUUGGAGGAUGCGGAGUUGAGACAGGGUGUCAAGGAGUACUCCGAUUGGCCUACUAUUCCUCAGCUAUAUGUUGACAAGGAGUUUGUGGGUGGGUGUGACAUUCUCAUGAGCAUGCACCAGAAUGGCGAAUUGGCCAAGAUGCUGGAGAGCAAGGGUGUUCUUGUUGCUGCGGAUCAAUAG